UUUUUUUUUUUUUUUUUUUUUUUGAGAUGUUUUAGCUUUACUAGGCUCAAUGAUUGGCUCUCUAUGGAUGCAACCCGGAUUUAUAUUUUUGAUUUAAUUUUUAGUUAUAAUUAACGUUUUGUCUUUUUCUUCUUUAUAUACAUAUAUAGUAAAAUGGAUAUGAGUAACAUAAACUCGCAAGGGACACCCUACAAUAUGAAUGAACCAUACUCAAAUAAGCUUAUUAUAAUUAUCAUAUCAGUUAUAGCAUUCCUCUCAAUACGAAAUUUAUUUAUUUACCUUUAUAAUAAAACAAAGACACUACUUUGUUUGAGAUCUCUUUUUAAUAUAUUAUCACCAUACACUUCUUUCUUUGGGAAAAUAGAAAAUUAUGUUAUCAAUAAGUUCUCGUAUAGAGUUAUUCAUAGUACAAUCUGUCCACCUUUAGGAGGCAUUCUUGUUAUACUUGUCCUUAUAUCAGCAUGUUUACCCUUACUCUUACUCAAUGUAAAUCUCACAUUAAAUUCGAAUCGAGCUGGAUUUUUAGCCUUAGCAAUUGUCCCUUUCUUGCUUUCAUCCACCGGUAAAAACUCUGCAAUCUUUCUUCUGACAGGUAUCUCAAAUUCUAAACUUAAUUUUUUACAUCGAAUACUUGGAAUGGCCCUCUUUUUAUGUGCAACUAUUCAUAUGUCUUGUAUGCUUUCUUCUUGGUCAAGGUUUCCAGAUUUCAUGAACGAUCAAUUGAAAAUUCCAAAAGUACGAUACGGACUUGCAGGGUAUGUAUGUCUCUGCAUAGUCAUGUUAGGAAGUUGGUUUCCAAUUCGAAAAUAUUGCUAUGAGCUAUUUAUGGUCAGUCAUUUAUUGGGAAUUGCUUUUAUUGGAAUUAUUGCAGUUCAUACACCUUAUGCAAUGCGAUAUUUCAUUUCUGGCUUAAUAUGUUAUGGUUUAAAUUUAGUGGCUGUUUGGUUUGUAAAGACCUAUGUGGCUGUUGCUCGAUUUAAGAUCUUACCAGAGGGAUGCACAAAGGUCUCUAUUCGACUUGUAAGUCCUAUAUCUAAACAUAGUAUUGGUCAAUACGUUUAUCUCUCUAUCCCUGCUAUUUCACUCUUUCAAUGGCAUCCAUUUACUAUUACUAGUAUACAUGGAAACGAAGUGAAUACUACAAUUGAAGUCUGUAUUUGUGCUCGUGGUAACUUUACACGCCGUCUCUAUAAAACAAUUGACCCCUCACAAGAAUUACGUGUCUUUGUAAGUGGUCCAUUUGGUAGUCAACAGAUUGAAACCACCCAAAUUCUUAACUCAUAUCCCUCUCUUGUUAUCGCGUGUGGUGGUGCUGGUAUAACGUUUGGUAUACGCCUAUUACGUGAAUUAACAGAGACUCUUUUAUCGUCUGAUAUUGAAGAAAAUGAUAGCUCGACUGGCAUCUUAUUUAAUCACUGGAAAACACAGAAUAUAUAUUUUUAUUGGUCUGUACGUAGACCAUUAGAAUUUGAAUGGUUCAAAGAAGAACUUGAACAACUCUAUUACCUGUAUGAGACUCGUCAUGAUCUUCCUUCUCUAUGUAUCAAAUUUUAUUGUACUUUACGUGACACUGCUACUGUUCAUUCAACAACAGGUAGAUUUACUAAUAAUAAUACAGUGAAUAUCUCACAUAUUUAUAUGAAUGAAACUAUGAUGAAUGAUAAUUUAAUAACUGUGAAAGAAAAUAAAGAAGAAGAAGAAAACCAUAAUCACACGACUACAAAAGAUUAUCUUGGAAAGGAAAUUGAAAUAAUUCAAGGGAAAAGAUUACAAGCUGAAACUAUUCUAUCCGUAGAUAAUAAUAUUGGUGCCUUUGUAUGUGGUCCUACUAAUUUUAACGCAACAUUUAGAAAUACAGUAGCUAUGAAAAAACCAUCUACAGUUUAUUUACAUUGUGAAGAUUUUGCAUAUUAAGAAAAGGAAUGAAAGAAGCCUUCCCCCCUUUUUUUGUUUUGUUUUGUUUAAUAGUUCCUAUAUGGAUUACCUUUUUUUUUUCUUUUUAACAGACUGCUGUUUAUAGUUCAAGUCAUUUGAAUAAUAACAGUAGGAGUUUCUUUAUUACUCGAUUUAGGCACAACUAAUAAAAAUGUAUAAUACAAAAAAAAAAAAAUACAAUGUGAU